AUGGGCGAGAAGAAGAUAGAGCAGUGGGAGGUCGAGCGGUACUGGGAGAUCUUCUCGUCGCUAUCUAAUGGCCAGCCACGACUCAACAACGCGCAAGCGGCCACCGUCCUGCGCAACAGCCGACUGCGAGAUGACCAGCUGGAGCGGGUGUGGGAUCUGGCUGACGUCGACGGAGACGGGGAGCUGGACUUUGAGGAGUUUUGCGUGGCCAUGAGGCUGAUCUUCGACCUUGUCAACGGGGAAUAUAACGAUGUACCGCCUGCUCUACCGGACUGGCUGGUUCCAGAGUCAAAGGCACAUCUCGUCCAGGCCAGCAGGGCGCUGACCGGCUCACAACCGCAAUUCGAGAGAGUAGAGGACGAGGACGAUACCCCUGGCCUCAAGGAUGGCUUCGACUGGUACAUGGCGCCCCAGGACAAGGCCAAGUACGAAGAGAUAUACUCUGCCAACAAGAACCACCGGGGAGAGAUAGCAUUCUCCUCAUUACAAGACCUAUACGACUCCCUCUCAGUACCAGAUACAGACAUCCGCUCGGCAUGGAACCUAGUCAACCCAUCCGCCUCCUCCACCAUCUCCAAAGACGCAGCCCUCGCCUUUCUCCACAUCCUAAAUAACAGACACGAGGGCUACCGUAUCCCCCGCAACGUCCCCGCCUCCCUCCGCGCCUCCUUCGAAUCCAAUAAGAUAGACUAUCAGCUCGAUAAUGUUCGCACAGCCAAGAAAUGGGGUGUCUCUAGCAACGACGACACAAGUACAGGCCGCAAAGCCAAGUUCGGUGAUGCAUAUCUAAGCCGGCUAGGCGUCGGAGGCAAAUCAAGCUAUCAGCCCCAGGGAACAGAUUUCAGUAAUACCAUACAAGACGAAGAAUGGGAGAAAGUCCGUCUACGGCGAGAGUUGGCGGAGCUAGAUAAAAAGCUGGAAGCAGCCAAUGCGGCUGUCGAGGCAAGAAAGAACGGCACCAGGGCGCGGACAGACGGGCCUAAUUGGGCGCUGAUCAAGAAGGAAGCUCUGCAGAUGCUCGAGUAUAAAGAGCGUGAGCUGCGGGAGCUCAGAGAAGGAACUGGACGGGUUAGCGAGGGCGAGAGCCUUGAACGCAUCCGGGCUGAUGUCAAGGCCGUUGAGGAGCAGGUUGAAGGCCUCAAGGCCCAUCUAGCGAAGCGUAAUGAAGUCUUGUCGGACCUGCGUGAUCAAGUGCAAGAGGCCAAACGGUCUCGAUAG